CCAAUCGUCGCCGCCCAGCCGGUCGUCGCCUUCCCCAGCCUCGCCGCCAUCAUCGCCGACGGGUGCAGUGCCGCCACGUCAAACGGAGGACGUCGCCAAACACCGGACGCCGCUGUUUCGCCCUCUCCGGAAACGAGCUCCGCUGAGUUGCAGCGUCGCCCGAGCCUCCAGCCACCGACGCCCGAACCUCCAGCCGCCGUCGCCGGAAGCCAGUCGCUGCCCAUCCUUCGCCGGAAGUCCGUCGCCUCCACUGCCGGCGUCCUUCCCCGCCGUCGGUUGCAGUGCCGUCAGUCGCUGCUCAUCGCCGUCGAGCUGCCGCUCCGCCACUGUCGCCGGCGUCCGUCACCGUCGCCGCAUCCGGCCGCUGCCCCGAGUUGAUAUCGCCGGCAGAUUAACCUCCACGCCGGAUUGAUUGGUCGAUUUCGUACUUUGACUCGAUUUGACCCGUUCGGUUGAUUUCGUUGAUUUGUCUUCCGUUCGAGCUAUCGAUUCGAUUUCGACGUAAUCUAGGUCCGUACUAUGAAGUUAAUAGCAUUGAGAAUAGAUUUAAUGGUUUGGA